ACGCCAUUACCUACCGGUUUCAAUAUGGGCGAUCUGCUACAAACAAAGUGAAAAUUGGAGCUCUGUUUGAACAUUUUUUUACCCUCGCAUAAUGAUGUACUUGUUAUUUAGAAAAUGAGGUUUCUAAAUCUAGAGACCUGACAUUAAGCGACCCUUUUUUUUCGAGGGGCAUUAGCACAUCUAACGUAGAGCCCAUGACAAAGCCGGGAUUUGGCACCUGAGUAAAGAUUGAUACUGCUCUGGUUGUCGGCAACAAAUUCUGCUGUUGUUAUUCACACCUCCCACUUAUUUCGAAUUCGAUAACAGAAAUUCGUUAUCUUGUCGCUAAUGGAACUACACAACAGUCGGUAGUCUGUCGUGGCUAUGUUUAUUAGUGUCUUUGGUCCUGUCGUCGUACUAUAAAACUAGUCGUCAGGAUUCAUAGACAUCGAUCACCAUGAUUUUAAGUGCAAUAUUACUUUUAUGCACCUGCACACCUACACGAUAUGCCUAUCAACAUGACAGUUACGUUGUAACAAUGAACGACAAUGAUAGACAAUGGAACAAAGACUUUUCUUUGCACAAAAGAAAAUCUGACGUUGGUGAAGAGCGGUACCAGCCAACAUGGGAUAGUUUGGAUAAACGACCGAUACCAGACUGGUACGAAAAUGGGAAAAUUGGAAUUUUCAUUCACUGGGGUGUAUUCAGCGUUCCUAGCUUUGGUUCUGAAUGGUUUUGGAGUAACUGGAAGGGUGAGGCUCCCGAUGGAAAGUAUCAUGAAUUCAUGAAGCAGCGUUAUCCUCCGGACUUUACCUAUCAAGAUUUUGCCCGAGAUUUCACUGCUGAAUUUUUCAAUGCCACCGAGUGGAGUGAACUAUUCAAGGCAGCAGGAGCUCAAUAUGUUGUACUAACAAGCAAACAUCAUGAGGGGUAUACUUUGUGGCCUUCAAAAUAUUCCUUCAGCUGGAAUUCUGUAGAUGUUGGGCCUCAUAAGGAUCUAGUAGGAGAAUUAGCACAGGCAGUCAGAAAUAACACAGAUCUGAAAUUUGGGCUGUAUCAUUCCAUGUACGAGUGGUUUAAUCCUAUGUACCUUCACGACAAGGAGAACAACUACGAAACUGAUAUGUUCGCAACGCAAAAAAUUUUUCCCGAACUUCUUGAGCUGGUAGAACAAUAUCAGCCCGAAGUGGUCUGGUCAGACGGAGACUGGGAUGCGUCUGACGAGUACUGGAAAUCGAAGGAAUUUUUAGCCUGGUUAUACAACGACAGUCCUGUCAAAGAUACCGUCGUAGUCAAUGACAGGUGGGGAUCAAACAUGCCAUGUCACCAUGGAGGAUUCUAUACUUGUACAGAUCGAUAUAACCCUGGUGUACUCCAGCCUCACAAGUGGGAAAAUUGUAUGACGAUCGACAAGAAAUCUUGGGGUUUCCGAAGGAAUGCACCUCUAGCAGACUACCUUACGUUAAAGGAGUUGGUCAAAGAAUUAGUAGUGACAGUGAGCUGCGGUGGAAAUCUCCUGAUGAAUGUUGGACCGACCAAAGACGGGAUCAUCUCACCUAUUUAUGAGGAGAGGCUGCGUGGCUUAGGAGCGUGGCUAGCCACGAAUGGAGAGGCAAUUUAUAGCAGCAGACCUUGGACCGUACAGAACGACACGAUAACUGGUGACGUCUGGUAUACGCAGAGUGCAGACAAGCAGAAGGUUUACGCGACUCUUUUGUCUUGGCCUGCUAAUGACUUGUUACGUCUAGGGGCAAUCCAACUGCCACAAAAUGCUGAAAUAUACUUGCUCUCGACUUCCAAACGUCUGAAGUGGGUCCAAAAUGACAACUAUGUCAUCAUACAUUUACCAUCAAGCGCGCAGAAGGGAGAACCCGCAUGGACGAUUCGAUUCGAAAAAGUGAAGUAAAUACCAAAUAUCGUACCAUUAUUAUUAAUUCUACGCGUAAUACUAAGCAUAGAAUAUUUGUACACAAGAUAUAGUAACAUAUGAAUUUUUAUUCACGUAUGAAAUGUAGUUACAUACCAACAUUAUUAUAGUACAGAAUGUAAUAAUCAGACGACUUUCAUACCUA